AUGUCUUCCUCGCAAUACUCGGAUAUCGUAUUUGAAAUCCGCAACCAGAUUGGUAUAAUCAAGUUCAACCGCCCGAAAGCACUCAACUCCUUCGGCGGCAAUCUCAUCCCCGACGUCAUUGCCGCACUGCGCGUGCUCAAUGAGCAUCCAGAUACCAUCUUCACCGUUUUAACGGGCGAAGGCCGGUUUUUCUCGGCGGGUGCGGAUGUCAAGGCUGUUGCCCGGGUGGGUGGAGAGGCGUUUAAGAAUGAGGGUGAGAACAAGCUAGUGCAGUUGGGGAGGUCUACUUAUGCAACUGAACUUCUACGCUCGAUGAUUGAUCACAAGAAGGUUCUCAUCCUUGCGCUCAACGGCCCUGCUGUCGGUGGCGGUGCAGCAUGGUUCCCCGGUAUCGCGGAUAUUGUACUUGCUUCAUCGACUGCAUGGCUCCAGUGCCCCUUUUCUGCACUCGGCCUCGUGCCUGAGAACGGCUCUGCGUUGUCCUUUGCCCAGCACAUGGGCAUUCACCGUGCAAACGACUUUCUCAUGUUUGGUCGUAGACUCACUGCGCAAGAACUGCUUGAUGCAGGCCUGUACAACUAUGUCUGGGACGCGACGGGCGACGAAUUUCAAAAGAAGGUUGUGGAGUUUUUGGAGGAGCAGUUGAAGGUGAAUGAUGGCAAGAGCAUGAUUGAGAUGAAGCGGUUGCAGAAUGCGCCGAUUAGAGAUGCGAGGAUGAUGGCCGUCGUAAACUCGAUUGAUGCGCUUGCGGAGCGGUUUGUCGAGAAUGCGCCGAUGAAGAGGUUUGAAAUUAAGAGGAGGGAGUUGGAGGAGAAGAGUAAGGCUAAGGCGAAGAUUUAG